CACCGAAGGAGGGGUAGGUAGACGGAUAGUCGAUGCCAAGUGGGCCACUGGUGAAGGAGAGAUCGUCACCGAUGGGAGAGCCGACAGACAAGUGGUCGAUGCCGGGGGAGGAUUGCAAGAGACAGGGGGACAGCGUUCAGGUGGAGGGCCCGACUGUCACGGUGGAGGAAGAAGAGGGAGUAAAAGGGUCGGGGUGGAGAGGAAGAAGGCGGUCGGGACGCACGAUCCUGGCGUUCCAUUUGCAUAAGGUGGACGGCCUGGAGGUCUUCAAUGGUGAAUUUGGAGGGGUCGAGAGAGGCAGUGUCGAAGUCGUCAUCGGAGGUGGGUGGAAUGGUCUCGUCAGGGGUGAUGUUAUGGAAGAAGCGGGGGCGGGAGGGAACGGGCCCGGACUGCUGAUGGGGGUGGAGUCAUCGACCGUGGUGAAGCAUGCGAGAGAGGAGGUCAGCAAGGGGCAUGUCGGGUUCGUAGGCGAGGGAGGUUGCAAGAUCUUCGUGGCAUACUCGCUUGAUGCGGGAGAUGAACGCAAAGUCGGGAAUGGCCGUGGUGGGCAGGUGAUGGCGGAGGGAGCGGUAUUGGACGAAGCGGUCCGUGGGACCGGUCUGGCGAAGGUGACAGAAUUGUUCGAGGUAGUCAUCGAUGGUUUUCUGGGGGUAGAAGGUGGCAGUGAGAAGGUUGGCUCAUUGAAGGAAGGAGUGACGAGGUCCUCUGGAGGCGCGGCGGUUGCUGACUUCAGCCAUCCACCAUUUGGUGACAUUGCUGAGAAAGCGGGAGGUGGCAAUGGGAAGCUAGUGGACAAGGGGCAUGUGGUGGAGCUUGAAAGAGUUCUGGAGCUGGGUAAGGAAGAGGAAAACGUCCUCGUGAGGAAGGCCGGAGAAGGGCAUGAUGUCAACGGAUCGGAAGGAACGGGGGAUUUCCCCUUCGCGAGAAACGAUCCGAGCGAGGGCGUUGAAGUUGAGGUUAUCGGGGGUAGUGUCGUAGCAGGUGUAAUCGAAUUCGAUGUUGUCGUCAAGGAGGUAGCUGGGGGGAAGUUGUGGCAUUGCGGGGUAAACCCCGAAGGUGACUUGGGAAUAGGUGGGACGGGGGGUGGGGAUGGUGGAGGUCGUCAUGAUGGGUUGUGAGAUAGUAUGGGAGUGCGGG